CAGAGUAACAAUGAAGGGCUGUGAGCAUGAACAGCAACUCAAAGCAAGAAGAGGAAAGUCCCGCGAGGUUAGUUCACGUUUUCUCUCCUCUCCGUCCGCGUCUUCUUCUUCUCCCAACCGCAGAAACUCCACUUCUAAUUUAUCUACAAAGAGAGAUGAUCAGAACAACAACGGUAUGAAAAAGCAUGAUAGGAUGUCAAUUGGCACACAAGUUUGUCUCGGGUUACCUAACCAAAGUAGCAUAGAAGUUGACACAAAAGAAAACCGUAGGCCUUCACCGCGGAUCGAUGAUGAGGGCAGCGUCAUACUCCCUGGCAGAUUCUCCGUUGAUGGAUGUGCAUUGUACAGAGCAUCAUCAACGACGAACUCAUGCUCUCUACUAUAUGAGUCCUUAAACGAUGAAUCAGAUUCAGAGUUGAGCGAUGUAUCCUAUUCUUCAAGUGUUAGUACUAACCGUUCGUCCCGGAACCAUAAACCUGGUAUCAAGGUCUCUUCUAAAUAUCUGCGUGAUUUAACAGCUAGACCAAGCAAAGGGAACAACAAUGAGACCAAACCAAGGUCACAAGAAGACUUGCAGAGAGCCAAUAGCUUUAGGGGCAUUGAGAAUAGGAUGAAGAGGAAUAAUUCAGUGGCAAGGUACGGAAGUUCCAUGUCUCAGUGGGCGCUUUCACCAGGAAGGUCAUUGGACAUUCAGGCAGUGACAGUUCCAAGUCUGAAGCUUAUGAAUAACCGGUUGGUUCAGUGGAGGUUUGUCAAUGCUAGAGCCUGUGCUGCAAACAAUAGCGUAGCCUCCCAAGAAAAGAACCAGCUACUCUGUGCGUGGGAUGCUCUGACCAAGUUAAAACAUUUGUUUCUGCAAGAGAGAAUCAAACUGCAGAAGAAAAACCUGGAGAUGAAGCUGAAUUAUGUGCUGCUUUCUCAAGUUAAGCAUCUUGAAGCUUGGGAGGACAUGGAAAGAGAACACAUUUCAGCUCUGUCUAUGACUAGAGAAUCCCUGCAUUCUGUUCUUUCCAGGCUUCCCCUCAAAGAAGGUGCAAAGAUGAACAUUGAAUCAGCUGUAACUAUGUUUAAGACCGCAGAAACAGUCACUGAUGCUAUUAUUUCAACUUUAAAUAGUUAUGCUCCCACGAUGGAGGGUGGUAUUGUUCCACUGGCCUCCCAACUUGCGGAAGUGGCUGCACAGGAGAAACUGAUGCUGGAGCAAUGCCAUGAUCUUAUGAGAAUGAUUACCGAGUUAGAGAUGCAGGAGAGGAGCUUAAAGUGCUGCUUCAUGAUUCAACACAAGCAGACUUUUGAUACAGAAUUUGGGUAGUAGACCAUGUCAAAGCUUUGCGUCUCUGUUUGUUUUUUUUUUUCAAAUUUUUAAAGCAAAAGUAAUUUGUAUCGGUGACGUCAUUUAGACUGAAUCAAAUCACAUUAACCAACAUGCAUAAUAUGAUUAA